AUGUAUUUGAUGGAGAAGAAAGAUUCAGAAGCAUUUAAUUAUCUCGAAAAGGCAUUCAAUAUUAAAAAGCAAUUACUUCCUGAGAAACAUCCUUGUCUUGGUAAUAAAUAUAUUAAUCUUGCCAAUCUUUAUUGUCAUAAUCGUAAUUAUGGUUCAGCGUUGAAUUACUAUGAAAAAUCAGAUCAGAUUUUCCAAACCUCUCUUAGUCAAAAACAUCCUUCUAUUGCACGGGCACUCAAGAAUAUUGGUGUUAUUCAUGAAUUGGAAGGUGAUUUUUUGAAAGCAUCGAUCUAUUACAUUAAAGCACUGGAUCUUCGUCAACAAAUUCUACAUUCACCUCAUCCAGAUUUACGUGAAAUCAAACAAGAUAUAGAACGUGUUUCAUGGAAAAUAUAA